UUAGCUGCUCCUGUAGCCAGCAGCCUUCAAACCUUGCAGAGUUUUGCUCUCUGAGAGUUUGUAAUAAGACACAUUCCUCUUACAAGAGUUCAUACUGCAACAUAGCAAAGAACAUUAAAUUUUUGGAAGAACAAUAUAUUCAUUUUGGCAUUGUGCAGAGACCCUAACUCUACCUUUCUGCUUUAAAGCCAAGUAAACUCGGUGGCCUCCUCUUCUCCACUUUCAAAAUGAUAGCAAUCUCUGCUGUCAGCAGUGCCCUCCUGUUCUCCCUUCUCUGUGAAGCCAGUGCUGUCGUCUUACUCAAUUCCACUGACUCAUCCCCGCCAACCAAUAAUUUCACUGAUAUUGAAGCUGCUCUAAAAGCACAACUAGAUUCUGCGGAUAUUCCCAAAGCCAGGCGGAAGCGCUACAUUUCGCAGAAUGACAUGAUCGCCAUUCUUGAUUACCAUAAUCAAGUUCGGGGCAAAGUGUUCCCACCAGCAGCAAACAUGGAAUAUAUGGUUUGGGAUGAAAAUCUUGCAAAAUCUGCAGAGGCUUGGGCAGCUACUUGCAUUUGGGACCAUGGACCUUCUUACUUAUUGAGAUUUUUGGGCCAAAAUCUGUCUGUAAGAACUGGAAGGUACCGCUCUAUUCUCCAGUUGGUCAAGCCAUGGUAUGAUGAAGUGAAAGAUUAUGCCUUCCCAUAUCCCCAGGACUGCAACCCCAGAUGUCCUAUGAGAUGUUUUGGUCCCAUGUGUACACAUUAUACACAGAUGGUUUGGGCCACUUCUAACCGGAUUGGAUGUGCAAUUCAUACCUGCCAAAACAUGAACGUUUGGGGAUCUGUGUGGCGACGUGCAGUUUACUUGGUAUGCAACUAUGCCCCAAAGGGCAACUGGAUUGGAGAAGCACCAUAUAAAGUAGGGGUACCAUGUUCAUCUUGUCCUCCGAGUUAUGGGGGGGCUUGUACUGACAACCUGUGUUUUCCAGGAGUAACAUCAAACUACCUGUACUGGUUUAAGUAAGCUGAUCCUUAGGAAGUGUCAUGGUGUCUGGGAAUCAGAGUCAUAUAUAUAUAUUGACCUUUGCACAUAUUUUAUAUAUAUAUAUAUAUAUGAUAAUCUUGUUUUCCUUUCAGUAUUCAUUUGUAUAAGUUAGUGUUUGUCUAGUAUGUUUGUUUAAUCCUUUGAGAGAAACAGUACAUCCAUUUCUAGUUAAUGAUCUCUAAGCCUAAAUUAAAAUUGUAUGUAUGUGGCGAUGACAUAAUUGAUGCAUCCAGUUCCAAAACGUGCAUUCCAAAGAAGUAAUAUUAUUAUGUUCCUAAGGAAUAAAUUACAUAGUUGACCUGUAAAGUGUAUAUGUAUGUAUAAAAUACAUAUACAUAUAUAUGAAAAAAACAUAUGAGCUGUGAUGUAACACAUAAUUAAUUAUGAUAUGGUCUGGGAGUUAACUUUUUUCUUAGGAGAGGUUUUUGCUGCGGGGUGUGUGCACUUACCCGAGAGACAGAGAAGGACAGAGAGACAGAAAGCAAGAA